GCUUGUAGACAAUCAUUACAUGGACAUGCAGGUAUAGCACAAGGACCACUUGCAGCUGACCACCCGCAUGUAAUUACAGUAUGCCCUACGAGACCUCACGCCAAUUAUGAGUAGCAGAAGUUCGAGUUCCAGGAGUGUGCCGGAGAUUUCCCCAGAAACACGGGCAGAAUGAGCAGCGGUGCCAACCCAUGGUCGGUGGGCCAAAAGGUGGAAUUGAACGACGGACGAUUGGGCACUGUGCGCUUUGUCGGGACAACAGCAUUUGCAGAAGGACAGUGGGUGGGCGUAGUGCUCGAUGAGCCAUCGGGGAAGAAUGAUGGGUCGGUCCAGGGGAGGCGGUAUUUCGACUGCACAGCACCGUAUGGCAUCUUCUGUCGUCCCAAUGGGGUCAACUGUGUCAUUGAGGAACCCAGGACGAAUCCGUCCGCAAGGCCAGCGGCCAACGGAGCGCUGAGCAGAGGGGGAGGACGGCCCAGCAGUAUCCACGCAGCGGUGACGGGCGCGCGACGGCAGACGCUGACGACGCAGACUGGACCCGGCAAGCGAUCCAGUGCUAUCGAAGGAAGUCCUACGCCUGCGCCCCGACUCGCCAGUGGCUUGAGAUCGCCCAUCAAGUCUCCCACCAAACAGCUCGGCACGAAUGGCACCUCGAGGCCUACGAGUGCUUCAACCUCGCGGACCGGAACACCUCCUGUCGCGGGUAGAAGGAUUGCCACGGGAAGCGCAGGGACUACAGCGACGGCCAAGUCACGCCCAAGCCUUACUCCAGCUACCAGUACAACUGCCCCUGGACGAAGGACAUCAGCUCUGCCUGGCACGUCGAGCGCGGCAGUCCGAGGCACGCGGCCUCCGGCUACAGCUACCAAAUCUGCUCGUCCCUCGAUCGGAAAGUCUGGAGCUGCUUCUCGACCAUCUAUGCCUGGUCGACCGGCCAUCAAGCCCGCAACGAGAGAAAGAUUGAGCGCCACGACAGAGGAGGGCACGAGCGACAGUGCUAGCGAAUCCGCGUUCACGCAUGGAAGCGUAGCUUCUUCGUCAGCCAGCCAACGAGACGCAGAAGAUCAGGGAACGGAGGGAGAAGAGGAAGAAGAAGGAGAUCAGACCAUGACCAACUUUGCGCCACCUCCGCCGGUACCUCCUUCGCCCACUGUGAGCACUGCUCGGUCGCGGCGGCCUUCUUCGCCAACCGCUGCGUCCAUUCACUCCCAGCGGACCAUUCGCAGUACGGCGCAGGACAAGCGUCGUCUUGAAGAGCUCGAGGCGACCAACAGAAUGCUCGAGCGCAAGCACAUGGAAGAUCGCGGGCUCAAGCAAGAGUUACAGAAAACCCAGAAAGAGCGCGAUGAUGCAAGGAACGUGAAUGAAAAGUUGACGAACAAGGCGAAAUCACAGCGGGAGGAACUGGAGAAGCUGAAGAAAAUGGUAUCCGACUACGAGUCGCAGGCGAAGUCUGUGGAAGAUGUGCAAGCUCGGUUUGAACUCGACAUCGAAAGUGCGGUGGUAGAUCGAGAAAUGGCCGAGGAGAUCGCAGAGGCGCUCAAAAAAGACUUGGAAGAUGUGCGUAAGGUGAACGAAGAAAUGGAGCUGGAGCUGGAAGUUCUCAAGGAGGAGAACAGUGAGCUGAGCAAAGAGAUGAGCCCAGAAGACAGGAAUAGUGCCGGCUGGCUGCAACUGCAGAAGAGCAAUGAGCGGCUGAAGGAGGCUCUUCUCAGUCUGCGUGACAUGACUCGGGACCACGAAGCGGAGCUCAAGGCACAGAUUGCUACAUUAGAGGAGCAGAUCAGCGACAUGGACACCGUGAAGGCUCAAUUUGAGGAAAACCGCGAGAAGUUGCUCCGUGCGGAAGCGGAUGCUGAAGAUCUGCGGGAGCAGCUUGAGGUGGCACAGAACGCCGAAGAAAUACUGGAGAAGCUGUCCGACGAGAAUAUGCUGCUUAAAGAGCAAGUCAACGAGCUGAAUGGUGUCAUAGAAGAUCUUGAGGACCUGAAAGAAGUCAACGAUGAGCUCGAAAUCAACCAUAUCGAAACAGAGAAACAGCUGCAAGAGGAAAUUGACUUCAAGGACAGCUUGAUCGUCGACAGAGAGCGAACUGCGAGAGAGCAACAAGCAGCUCUUGACGAAGCAGAUUACAACAUCAAUCGCUUCCGAGCGCUUGUCAGCCAGAUGCAGAGUGAUUUGCAGGACCUCGAAGCGAGCAAACAGAUCUCGCAGGCAGAAGCCGAGCAGUUGUCGAGCAAAUCACGAGCUAUGCUGGACCUGAACCAGAAAUUACAAUCAAGUGCUGCCAAGACACAAAUCAAGACUAUCGAUCUCGAAUUGCGCAGACUGGAUGCCGAACAGGCGAAGCAGCAUCUGGAGAUCGUGCAACUUUUCUUGCCGGAAUCCUUCCAAGCUGAGCGCGAUAGCGUGUUAGCUUUGCUUCGGUUCAAGCGAAUUGGCUUCAAAUCGACCCUCGUUCAGAACUUCCUCAAAGAGCGUGUCGCAUCCUUUGGCACGCGCGGUCAGGACGAGGAAGUCUUUGCUGCAUGCGACGCUCUUGAUAAACUCACGCUCAUUGCUGGCAUUGCGGAUCGCUUAGAUCGAUCUCUUAGUCACUGCAGUUUGGAUGCCUUCUCGAACUACGGUGGCGCCUAUCACGAAUUGGAUGUCGUGGAGCGCACCCUGGAGAGUUACAUUGAUGCUUUGCGACGUGAUGAGCUCAAAGAGAGCGAGAUGACCGUGCGUCUUGGGCGCUCUAUCGAGGUUAUGAACCACCUGUCAAGUCUCCACUUGCACAAUGGUCUGGCUGAUCAUGCCGAUGAUCUGAUUACACGGACUAAACUACUGCAGAGUCACCUGGAUAGCACGACAUCUGCGCUCAUUGUGACCAAGAAUCUCGUCGAGAGUGGCUUACCGAAAACUUCGGAAGAUAUGGAGUACGAAGAUGAGAGUGUCACUGAUGCUGCUCUCAUUGUCAACAGAAUCAAGACGAUCACAGAAUCCGCCAGGAAUGCCAAGGUGCUUGCUGGCAGGACCCUUCGCGCCUUAGAAGAGCUAGAAAAGAGCUCUUUGACACCCGAAGAGUCAUUCCUUGAGAACUUUGUCAGUGUGGAACAAGUGGCAGCCCAAAUCACAGCUUAUGCCUGUCAUAGCGGAGCAGCCCUUCAGAAAAUACUCGCAGAGGAAGGCCGUGCAGAGCCCGUCUCGCCAUCGGAAGUGUCGGCAGUUUUGUCCAGAAGCGCAAUAAGUAUCUUCUCGCUUCCCUCCGCAGAAGCUGGACCAUACGCGACCUUGAAUACUCGCCUCCGCGACCUGAGUAAUCUGCUAUCGGAUCUCUCCAGCAUUCCAACAGAUUACGACAACGCUGUUGAGUUUGAGCGUGCUCCGGCCCCAUGGGUGGCACGCGCACAAGAGCUCAAGCAUAUGAAGGAAGCAAAUGUGGACAUUGAAGCCGAGCUUGCUCGUGCCCAGGUCGCUAUCAAUGAGCGUGAUGGCCUGGUCAAGCAGAAAGAGGCUGAACUCAAUGAGCAAACUGUCAGAAUUGAAAUGCUCGAAGCCCGCAUGAAGGAUGCAAGUAAGCGAUCGGCCAAGAUUGCGGAGCUUGAGAAGGAAGUCCGUGACUCCAAAGCUGCUGAAGCGAAAGCGAAAGGUGAACUUGCCCGUGCUCAACAGAAUGCUACCGAUGACAUUGAAAGAGUCCGAGAAGAAAUGGCCCGACUUGCUGAGGAGCGGAGCAAGCACGGAAUGGGUAACAAGGCGAUCGAUGGCGAUGCUAUCGGCUCAAAUGCCGCCGCGACAAUGCAGCGUCAGCGCUUCAAGAUUGCCAGCCUUGAAGGUGCCGUUCGCCAUCUCAAGCAAGAAAACCACAAACUUCAUCUACCGCCCCCGGACACGUCGCGCAGACUGUCAAACGACAGCUGGCUGGACUCAUCAGCGUCUGUUUUCACGUCCAGAAAGCAGCAGCAUUCCAACAGCAGCACUACUAGUCUCAACCUUGACCGGGGCCUCCAGACAUUAUUGGAACUCUCCACCCAGUCCACUAGUAUUGACCUGACAAAGAUUCCCGAAAACAAACUGGCUUGGAGACCUGCCAAACAGACUCCUCGAUGGCAGAUUGAGGUUCGAAAGGGACAUUGGGCAGAAUUCGACCACUGGCGUGAGAAUUUGAUCCGAGAAGAUCGGGAGAACAGGAAAGGAGGAAACCACCUUGGUCAUGGGGCACUUCUUCCGAAUGGUGUGCAAGUACAUGUAUGAGAAAGCGUGGGUCUUCUGUCUCUCUUUCUGCCUCAUGUGUGUAUACGGGGAUCGUGCAAAUAACUUUUGGUAGCGAAGAUACCCCCCCAAUUUUCAAAUAAAUGUGAC